ACUGAACAAAAUUAACUCAACUUUUUUAUUUGUUUGAAUACUAUUUAGUUGUGCACAUCCUAAAACAAAAUGGACACGUCUGUUAUUCUACCAGUCGAAGCAGAAGGUUUAAUUCAGAGUUUGACGACUUUUACUCUAAAAGACGUGGGAUCUUCUGGAUGGUUCAAGCAGCAUGAGUACAUUGAAAAACUGAACAUGCAGGCCAUUGUAAGUGCUACUGCCAAGCAUGAUGAAUUUGUGAAAGAGCUUUUGGUGUCCCAUGGAAAGAUUGCAGUGCUUGUUCAUGAGAUGAUUCUGAUUGAGGUCUGGAAACACAAAGUCUUCCCUAUUUUAUGUCAACUUCAAGAUUUUAAGCCCCAAAACACAUUUCAGCUUUACAUAGUGAUCCAUCAUGAAGCCACCAUAAUAAACCUACUUGAAACUAUAAUGUUCCAUAAGGAGUCAUGUGAAGCAGCUGACGACUCUGUUUUGGACCUGGUGGAUUACUGCCAUCGUAAACUCACCCUGCUUGUUAGUAAAGUGACCAGGAAGGGCAACGCAAUGCAUGAAAACCUCAGCAAUGUGAAUAUAGUUGGCGUUUCUUCUAUUGAGGAGUUGCAAAACCAAAAUGCUGCUCUGGAGUUUGAGAUUUCACUAAAGGCUCUCUCAGUCCUGCGUUAUAUCACCGACCACGCAGACAGCAUUAGUGUUAUAAACCGCUUGCUGUGCACACACAACAUCCCCUGUGUCUUGGUUCAGCUAAUCGACUGCUGUCCUUGGAGUCGUCAUAAAGCAGGUCAGAUUGAAAAGUACAUAAAUGGCAAAUGGCAGAAGAUUCCAGAUGAGGAUCGGUUAAAGAUUACUAAACUGGACGGCCAGGCCUGGAUUGCCUUGUACAAUCUCCUUCUCAAUGAAAACUGCCAACAGAAAUAUGAGUUCAACAACUACAACAAGAACCAGCUUCUUAAGUUGCGGAGUUUCCUGACUGAAGUUGUGAUUGAUCAGUUCCCAGUCCUUGUGCAUCUGCAGAGGUUUCUGGCUCAUCUGGCCAUCACUGACCCCGUCCCUCCGAAAAAAGGCCUCAUACUAGAACAGAUACCAGUAAUGUGGAACCAUAUUGUGACUGAAAACAAUGGGAAAUAUAAAGCAAUUGCCAAGUAUCAAGUAAAAGAAACCUUCAGUCCUUCUGACAGUGAACUGAGGCAACAGGCACAGAGGUUGGCUCAGACAUACAACCUGGAGGUGAUGGAAAGUUUACUGCCAGAGAAACCCAAGUGUGGAUCCUGUGGAAGAGAGGCCACAAAAAGAUGCUCCCGGUGUCAAGGAGAAUGGUACUGCAACAGGGAAUGUCAAGUGAAGCAUUGGCCCAAGCACAAGAACAGCUGCCAGCUGAUAGUUGAGAGCACUGAGAAAAUUCAAAAGGACUUGCUAAAAGAAUGAGCCAAAUGAGAGCGUGUUAAACCUAUAUAUGUUAGGGGAAACAUUUGUUGGAGAUAAUGCAUAAAGAUUAUUUUCAAAUGAACAUGUACAAGUGCUUAGCUACUACAUAAACUUAAACAUUUAAAUUUUUCUGACUGGGGGUCUGCCGCUUGCCUAUAUAUCAUCUAGAAUUUCACAUUAAGGAGUGGCUUUUUAUCUUGCAUUUAUUCAACAGAGGCUAUUACUAUUGAACAAAUGCUAAAAACAAAAACAUGCAUUCCUACUGUGACUGACCUGCAACUUGGUCAGAUGGUAUCACAUGCUUGUGUUAAUGGAGAUAGAUAUGUUUAGUGCCUUAUUUUGGAACAUUUUAGACCAAGUAAACUCCAUGAAGAUAAGCAGGUGGUGAACUCUCCAAUAGAAAAGUUACAUAGUGUACCUUAAAAAGCCCUAUAUUACACAAAACUGACUCUUGUAAGCUUCAUGUUAUGCUGUUACCUCAUCAAAAACUAGAUUUGAACUUCAUUCCAUUCAUAUAUGUUUGAGUUACACUUUAUUAUUUAUCUGUCUACAUCUACAAUACUCAGAAUGCUCUGCUACACCGUAUGAUGUCAUAGUAGUAGUUUCCAAGUUAACAGAUAACAUUUACCUUUAGUUCAGUAGAGACUGGCAAUUCCACAUGACCUCACAAGGUGGGACGGAGUGUUUUCUUUUUGAGAGAAGAACACAGCCAUAUAUGCAUGAUUUCUGUGUUAAGUGUAUGUGAAUGAAACAAAACACAACUCCAGCUGUGUUUUUGAUGAGGAAACAACAUAAUUGAGAAGCUUCUUGUGGAAAUAUUGUGAUUUAGUUUCUCCCUGGGUAAAAAUAUCUUGACUUUUUGAACAUGUCAAUCUGUAAAUAAAAUGAUAAUGAUAAAAUGAUAAAAAUAAUUUGGACUAAUUAAUGUUUACUAAUUAAAGUGUGAUCAGGGCUGUUCAUUAACCUGAUGUUGUCUGACUUUGGAUACAUACAGGUCAUUUGGAGUUUCUUAUUGUGAGUGUGGUUUUGGGGGUGGGGGCCUCACGCCUACUCAGCUGUUCCAGGCACCGUCCGUCCGUGAGAGAAACAGAACACUCCGGAUGUCAGCAGCCUCAUCUGAUCACUCUCUCCUUUAUCAUACUCCUCUUGCUCUAUUGACUAAAAUGCUGUAAAAAUAGGAAGUAUUCCAGUUCUAUAAAUGAUUAUAAUGGAAAUAUGUAACUCACGGUAGAACUUCAUCGCAUCUACCGCGGUCUGCAUGGGCUGGAAACACUUUUUCAGAUGGAAGAUUUGACUGAUUUUAGCUGACAACGAGAUGGUUUCGUCUGUUUUGUAGAUGAUGGCUGACUGACCAC